CCACUUUGGUUCCAAGUAUACCUACCAAUCUUGCCAUAUAAUUACGUGGUAGACGAUAGUUCCCAAUGGAAGCUACGUAGUAAUAUAACAAUCUUUGCAACGGUCGCAAGAACACCUGCCAAGGACCCCAAUCAUCAUCACCCCCGCAACAUGCUACUACGUCAAGUCGGGGGUUACGGGGCCGAAAUGGGGACUACAGUCAAUAAAUGGCCCCCUUAUCAUGGAGAGAGGCGGAGAAGCAUAUGUGUGGCAUGGCCAUGGUUUGGUGCUUGUGGCAGUCACACAGUUAGAUUCUUAUGUAUAAGAGUGAAGCUGGGGGGCUGUCGCUGCCGUCCAUGAUACCUCGACUCCUGGAUACGCAGGUUUUGUCAAGCAAAAACAACAACCUACCACGUUCCCUGCCACACAUACUGCCACGUCAAGAUGAGAGUCUCAUUCUCAACCGCCGCCAGCUUCCUGCUGCACUCGGCAGUAUUUGCACAGACGUACCAGCCGACGUGGCCGUCGACCGACCAACACAAUGCCUCGCCAGAGUGGUUCCGGGACGCCAAGUUUGGCGUGUACUGGCACUGGGGCGCCUUCACGGUGCCGCAGUUUGGCAGCGAGUGGUACGGCCGUAACGUCUACCUGCCCGACACCAGCGAGCGCAGGCACCACACCACCACUUACGGCGCCCCGCCCGAGGUGUGGGGGUACGAGAACUUCAUAACCGGAAGGAACGACGCCCAGGGGAACUUUGUCCAGUUUAAGCCCGUGAUCGCCUCCGACGGCGGUAGCUUCGAUCCUGAGGCCUGGAUGGCGGUCAUCAAGGCGUCGGGAGCAAAGUUCGCCGGCCCCGUCGGCGAGCAUCACGAUGGCUUCUCCAUGUGGAAGAGCGAGGUCAACGAGUGGAACUCGGUCGCGCUGGGACCCAAGAUUGACCUGCUCAAGCUGUUCGCGGGCCUGGUCAGGGGUAAUGGACUGAAGCUGGUCGUGGCCCUGCACCAAGCCUUCAACCACAACGGAUUCUUCGAAGAUGCCCCGCAGCAGACUGACCCCAGCCUGCAGAAGCUCUUUGGCCAGCUGCCCAAGAACGUAUCCGACCAGCUCUGGUUUGACAAGGCCCGCGAGGUCAUCGAUCAUGUUCAGCCCGACAUGAUCUGGAACGACUUUUCCCUGGACAGCCCCGGUUACUGCCAAAACCCCAAGUUCCCAUGCAACAUUGAGGAGAGCCAACGACUCAAAUACCUGGCCUACUACUUCAACGCCGGUGAACGUUGGGGAAAGGAGGUCGUCACCAGCUACAAGCACUUUGAUCAAGGCUUCCGCACCACGUCGGCCGUCGCAGAUUGGGAGCGUGGAGGCCCCGCCGAGCUCGAGCGCCCUUACUGGCUCACCGACGAUGCCAUCAGCGCGACGAGCUGGAGCUACACCGAAGGCAUCAGCUAUUACAACUCGACCCAGAUGAUCCACUCCAUGCUGGACCGCGUCAGCAAGAACGGCAACAUGCUGCUCAACGUUUCACCCACCGCCGCGGGCGUCAUGCCUGCGGAGCAGCAGCAAGUCCUACGCGACAUCGGGACGUAUCUUGCCCGCUACGGAGAGUCAAUCUACAGCACCCGUGCUUGGGAUAUAUACGGCGAGGGCCCGACCAAGGCCGGCGGCGGCUCAUUCACUGGCCCGAUGAUGGGCAACUCCAACGACCUGCGCUUCACGCGCAACAAGGAUGGAAACGUACUAUACGUCAGCGUCCUCGGCUGGCCAAGCAGCGGCCAGGUCCCCAUCAAAGCCCUUGGCUCCGACCGCCUCGUAGACGUCUCCGGCCUGCGGUCUGUCCAGCUCAUGGGAGACAAUGCCGGGGACUUUAUCGAUGUGACAGCCUUCAGCCAGGCCGCCGAUGCACUGGUCAUCACCCUCCCCCAGCAGCCUGCUCAGUCGCCCGCCUACGUCCUUAAGCUUACCUUUGCUGGCAAGAUUCCCGUGGUUCAGCAGGCACUCGGCGCCUCAGUUUUCGCCUCUCCCGAUGCCACGGGCGCCGGCGUGUCGCUCGCAAAGGGCAACUUCACGCAAAUGUGGGUUGCGGAUGCUGGGCUUAAGCUGAGCGACGUUCGUUUCCUGCGUGUCUCCGAAGGCGCAUCGGUGACUCUCUAUGCCGAGGACAACCAGACCGGUGCAUCGACGAAACUUGGGGCGGGAGACCACCAGCUGGAAGCUGGCUCUGUUGGAUCCCUUGCGGUUGGUGAUGCAUAAAACAUUUCGAAGGUAGAGCACAAAAGUAAUCAAAAGUUAUAGCACAGGCACUAAUUCUGUACCAAUAAUUGUUUGCCAUUCUGCUGUGACACCUACCUCGGCUGCUCGACCCUCCCUAUGAAGUGUUCAUCUCUCAACGCCUUUGCCGGGACGAGUAGUGUCUGAGGGCCACGGACCAAUAUCUGAUUCUCUGCCCACUGUCUCAUCCGAGAGACCAUGGAUUUUGCCCCAGCCACCGCCCCUUGAAAGUCCUUGUCCCACAAUGCGGCAGAGGCAGGCGUCAGCGCAAGCAAAGUGCCCUCAAUGUGCGCCAGAUAAACAUUCAGGCCUUGCAAAGUCUCCAGCACCCGAUGAGGGGAGCGCGGCUCGUCUUCCCUAGGGAAGAGCGCUUCGCGGAGGACCUUUGCACGGCUCCGGCCUGUCUGUUUGUUCUCGCCAUACUUGGCGGCAAAGGCCUGAAUUUCGGUACGGGUGCUUUCGGCAAGCCCCUCGAGCACCUUCAGCCCGCCCUGAACCUCGGAAUCGUGUACCAGUCUCGGGAUGAUCUGGGAGUAUAUCUCGGCCAGCUGUACAAUGCACUCCUGGCACUCUCCGAGCCAUAUCUCCAAGUGGCGCUCUCUGCCCGCUAGAUCCGCCUCCAUGGAAGCAGCGUCGGCAUCGGCAUCUGCAAAGUUACGCUUGUUGGCAUUCUUUGCUGCCUCGCUCUGUGUCUCCCUGA